UAUGUUUAUGUCUUCUCGGGUCUUGUACUCAGUUAUCGUUUACAUGUGGUACGAUACGGACGCUCAAUAACACAUAAUUUAUCCCGUGUAGAACUUAAAAAUUUCUUUUUAUUUUUCGAAAUAAUAAAAAAAAAGAUUGUUGCAUGUGUCGUUUAAUUUAGAUUUAUAUUUUUGUUUUGUUUUUUUUACAACUCUCGUUAUAUCGAGUUGGAAAAUUUAAAUGUGAACUGUACAAGUACAUGUGUGAUUAGACGAACACACAUUUCUUUUUCUUUUUUGUCAUAGGACAAAACGGGGAAUUAAGUUUGCUGUUAAUUUUAUUAUGCAAAGCAGUAAUGCUAAUCUAAGUGUUGGUGUGGUAAAUUAGAGUUAAUUUAUUUUAAUGCGCUGGAUCUGGAUUAUUAUAUGUUCGAGUUUUUUUAAUUUUUAUUCGGGCAUAGAUGGACAUGCAUUGUUAGCAGUGAUGUUCGUUAAUAAUUAGAAUGAACAUUUACAAUUUAACUUCCAAUUAUAAAUCAUUCAUUAUGCGAUUGAAGAAAGUGUGCAAUUGAGAACGAUUAACAAUGUUUGCGACAUUCGCAUUCAGUCGAAUGUUUGUGAUCCUAUGGUCUUAUGCAGUGGCAACUGUAGCUAGUCAUGAACAAAGUUUUGGAGAAUUUACAUGUUGUUCUGAUGUUUUCGGUUCCUGUCGAACGUCUUGUGAAAAUUUUUCUCUAGUUCAAUUGGCUGCUGAUGGCGAUAGUAAGGAUUCAAAUUUAGCAGACGUUAGACGAUACUGUCCUUCUAUGCAAACAGAUUUUUGGAACUGUAUGAACAAGACAUUAACUGCUGUACAAAGAGGAGCUCAAUGGUCAGGAAGAAUAUGUUGCCCACUAGCAACUCAUCCGAAAUGUCAGAAUGCAUGUGCAACAUCUGCAUCUCGUGAAGAAUUAAUUACUGGGUGUCGACAGAGUGAUGAACAGAAUUUAUUUUCAUGUUUUGAUCGACAAGACGUGGGCGAUGAAUGUUGUGGAAAUGCGAGAACUUCAAAGUGCUUGCAAGCUUGUCGGGACAUAUUUCGGAGUCGCUUGUCUCCAGUCAAGGAACAACGAAACCUAGUUGAAAGUGUGUGUAAUGAUAACAACACUAACUCAAAGGUGCUUCAGUGCGUUCAAAAUUUCUUUGAUCUCACACCACUCAACAACUCUAAACAAUACUUGCCUUGCUGUGACCAUGCACCAAAUCUUGGCUGUAAAAAUGUUUGCACAAACAUUCUAACCGUCGGAGAAACUACCCAAGAAAUGAUCGAUGACUUGGAACGAGGUGGAUGUGGACCAGUAGUGCCAUAUGAUCCAUUGUGGCAAUGCUUUCUCUCGGCUGGUAGGAAAGUAUCAAUCCCAGCAUCGGAUGACUCAGUUUCCCAAAUCAAUCAAGUGGGUAUGGAUUCGGCCAAACUGCACUGUUGCCACAAAGCAUUUUCGCCAAAGUGUCGUCGCCUGUGCAUCCAAACAUUUUCCAAUGAUUGGACAGAGACGAGGGUUGACUUUGAAUUCGAUUGUUACAGUCAGAUAUCUGAAAUGUCUCUUAAGCAGUGUUUGGACGAAGUGGAUGAACCAUGUGAACUGGGUUGUGAUGGGUUAUCAUUUUGCACCAACUUUAACAAUCGACCUACGGAACUGUUUCGCAGUUGUAACAAUCAAGCUGACAAUGCAGCUCGAGAAGAUGUUGCCUUAUGGAAACAAAAUUCAACUCUAAGUCUUCCUGGUCUCACUUUGCCUAUCAAAGACAUCUCUCAUUGUUCACCGGAAACAUGGAGAGCGAUUAUUUGUUCACUUCAAAUCAAACCUUGCACACGCCAAAGGCAUGCAAAUCAAAUAUGCAGAGAGGAUUGCUACGAAAUUCUAUCAAAGUGUAUGGACUGGACGAGAUUGGAAGCGGGACACACAGCAUCGUCAAUAUGUUCAAGAUUAUCACUUGAAGAUGCAACAGCUCCUUGUGUUUCAAUAAAACCCUACAUCGAACCCAGUGAUCUACCACACCAUACAGGAAAUCAUAAAAUUAUAUCGCCGUGUCUCGCGCAUCCUUGCAAUGCAACCGAGGUUUGUCAGCUGAAAAGAGAUGGUGGCAUCGGCUAUGAAUGCGUUCCUGGAUGUGCCUUAGGAGAGACAUCAACGUAUAUGGUGCCACUGAACUCAUACGUACGAAUACCUGUAUCACUCAAACAAAAAGGUUGCUUGAAAAUUUGCAAGUGUGGUUUAUCUGGGCGAAUUGAAAAUUGUCAACCAUUACCAUGCGUUGUAUACGAUUCUUGCAUGUUGGCUGGCAAGAAAAUCGAACACGCAUCUUGGUUUCAUGUAGAAUGCAACAUUUGUAGUUGUUUUGCUGGUGAAAUUACAUGUACGAAAAAGCAGUGUAAAAUCCCAGGCAUUUCAGACAAAUCAUUCACUAGUCUCCCAUGCAAUUGUCCACCCCAUUAUGUGCCUGUUUGUGCUCGCAAUGGGAUGACCUAUUCAUCGGCUUGUGUGGCUCGUUGUACCGGGAUUCCCGACACUGGCAUCGAGUUUGGACCGUGUAGCAAAAAAUCAUCUUGCGAAGAUGUUACUUGUCCUGGUAAAGGAAUAUGUGUGGAGAGGAGACAAGUAUGCCUAUCGGUUAUGCACCGACCAUGCCAGCAGUUCGAAUGCAUCAAUGUGACAUCGAACUGUCCGAUACCAUUCGCUGAGGAAGCAUGCAGUACAGAUGGGCGUACGUUUCCGUCGUUUUGUAAUUUAAUUAAAGCGAAAUCGCAGCUAGCCUACAAGGGGCCCUGUUUAAGACACUGCAACUAUCACACCAAAGAAAAGGUGUGCGGAAUUAACGGCAUUACGUACAAAAGUGAAUGUGAUGCUUGGAGUGAUUUCGCUUUGGUCGAUUAUAUCGGUGAGUGCCGAGAAGUGGGUCUUCUUACCGAUUCGAUGGGUCCACGAUGUUCAACGGUAAAAUGUAAAUCAUUACCCAGCAAACACUGCGAAGCGAUUUUUCCACCGGGAGCAUGCUGUCCCGUUUGUUCAGCCUCGCUUAGGAUCAUAUAUUCACGGAAACAAAUCGAUCGGGCAUUGUAUGCCUUGAAAGGUAAAAAUACCGAAGCAUUAACGCUACGGGCAAUUUUACGUGGUUUGUCCGGGCUGAUUCGCAUAAAUCACUGUCGACUAUUCGGUUUUCUAACAAUGGAAACGGAUUUGUUCGUGACGGUACAGAGCUUGCACAAAGAACCGAGCUACAUCCAAAUCGAAGCCUGCGUACGGGAAUCGGAGAAAAUUGCAACAUUGAUCUCAUCGCAAAGUCAUCGUAUUACAAGUGAUUUAGCAUUAAGCUCGUUAACUGUUGCAAAUGUUAUGACACAGUUUAACAGUGCUGGUGGUGCUAGUAACGCAGAUUUGACCGUUGGAAACAUGAACCCAACGAGACAAUUUAAUAGUGCGAGUGCAAUGUCCGUUGAUUUGUUAUGUUCUUACGUUGCACUAGUUGGACUAGUGUCCAUUUUCGGUCGUUUUAUUUGAAUUGUUAAGUGUGUAGAGUCUCCAGCUAAAUGUAAAAUUGCAACCAAAGUGCCAAGCAUUAGUGAAUUCAGUGUGCCGUAUUGUUCUCUCUUUUUUGUAAAUCCUUUUGGAUUAUUAAUUUAUUGCGUUAAAGUGAAUUAUCUACCAUUUGACCACAUCGACACUAUUAGACAGUAUCAUAAUUAGUGUGUAAUUAUAAGCCUAUCACUAGUUCAUCAGCCUAUUUUAAAAUUUUCUAAAUAAAUAUUACAUCGCCUUCGAGUGGAGUGUGCAUGACGUGAACACUUAUAAUAUUUAAUAACUUUGUGACCUGUGAUAUAAAUAAUUUUAUUUUAUAAUUUUGUAAAAGUUUUGUAAUUUUAUUUUGUUUUGUAAUGGGUUGAGUGGACAACGAUCCGUUUUUUUGUGUAUUAAAAACAAAAUUGUAUUUCUGUUUUACCAAAGAUGAUC